AUGGGAGUUGACCCCCUCUCCCCUGUCGCGCCUGUGCGUUUGAAUGCACUCUUGCUCCCAGUUGGCAGGAUCAAGCGGUCUAGGUUUCUCAGUUUUGCCGCGAGAUUGCAAGCUGAGAAGUAUGUUCGCCUCGGCGAUGUUAGCCCCGACACUCGCCCUAAUCGGAAUAUGUUCACGCCAUUGGCAUUUCCCAAUGGAAUAAUAUUAUAUAAUAUAUCCUUCGCUGUACCGCCUACGUCUCAUUUGGAGCUAUUCCCCUUCGAAAUCUUUCGAGAGCCAUUGGUGAUAAUUGGUAUUGCCGACGGUGCCGAACUACGCGGUGACAACACAAGUGAAAAGGAACCUCGUCAGAAAAGGGACAGCAAUGGGGACUCAGCCCCUAGCCCCGGAGGUCUAGAUGAACUUUUGCAAGAGCUAGAAUGGAUCAAGGAGCAUAACUCCAGAGCUCUUGUCAGCCAGUUGCUCAUCUUUGAGUAUGAGGGCUUGGGUAAAUUGAUAAGCGGACCGGACGAGGUUACAUGGGUACCAAAUCCUCAAUCAUCGAGACCAACAACAAUUAAAACUGUUCUAUGCGACAUUACUUCCACUCUGCUCGGAGAACUGGAUGAGUUUGCGAAGCUCAUGCAAAGUAUUCCUGCCAUUGAUUCUCCAAAAGCUUCAUCAUGGGGCCCACGUCGAGGUCCAGAAUUACGGCCGCGCCCUGUUGAUAAGUUGGCACAUAGGAUGACCAUGCCUGCCCAACUUCCUGCCUCCAAUGGUGAUUCAGAAUCAGCGGCUAGCUCUGGUCGAUCAUCUCCAGCUCCUGGAGGCCAUGAUUCACCGACAACUUUUGACGAAAUCACUCGAUCCAUACAAGUUUCAAAUCGUUCCAAUACCAGCGGAAAGCUAGUUUCCUCUAAGGAGACCAGUCGUGAUCGAAUGUCUGUUCAAGGGCUUACUGCUGCGGACCGUACCAAAAACAGAAUCAAAGGCCGACUUAGUGUUGUAAUAGGUACCCUCUAUUUGCAAUCUGGAAGAUGGUCGGACGCCUUGAAAGAGCUCGUUGAAGCUGCCACAAUGGCUCGAGCCGGUAGUGAUUAUAUCUGGCAUGGGAAGGCUCUUGAAUCCAUUCUUUUGUGUCUCCUGAUGUUUGGCUGGGCAGGGAUGGACUUUCAGAUCCCCCAAAUUUGCUACCCUGUUGCAGAAAAAUCCAGUUCCAAAUCGUCUGCCAGUAAUGUCCAGGAUUCGUCAGCUUCCGGCCAGUCGGCUCCAGGGAAUCGAGUCGUUUCUCUACAGAAUUUGGCUAAUCUUAUACCCGAUCUCUGCAACAAUAUCCUCAAUUUGUAUACCCGUGCAUCAGUCAUAACCGACGAACCUCUUCCAGCCUUGAUUUUUUCCGAGACCGUUAUACGUUUAUCUCGUCUGCUUUCUGCAAUCAAAUUGAGGGACGGUAGUUUAGAUGAAAAUGCUCUGAGGCAUAUCGUCAUAAAUGAGUCUUUAGUGCCAUUGCAACAGCCUGAGCGGCCACGAGGAGCACCAAUAUUGCGGAAGACCGAAAUCGCCAAUUUUUUGUUUCGUGCUCUACCUCUCGCGCCUGGUGCUGAGCUACCAACUACCGAUGCAGUGCCAAUUCUCGUCGGUAUCGCUUCUGUUCUUUCGACUUUAGACCUCCCUAGGAAGAAGGCAUUAGUUCUGAAAGAAUUAGUGACGCUCAUGGUUCCUGGGUUGGUGGAAGCCCGGAAAAUUGGCGCCGCCGAGGUUGGCAUACACCCGGCUGCAGGUCUGUCGUCUCUGAAUGAUACCGCGUUCGAAAUCAACGCCCUAGACGCAGCCAGUGGGAGUAUGGAGGAAAGCACACGCGCACUCUUAGCCAUGAUUGGGGAAACAUAUGGAAUCCAACCAUCUGUAUAUCAGGAACAUAAAAAGAGCAAAUCUUCAUCAAGGCCUUCGUCGGCUAGAACUAAUGAUGCCAUCGAAACGGAUCAUGAUUCGAUUGCAUCUAUUAUCGACCGGUCUUUCCGCCAUGUCAUGCUAGAUGGGUAUGGCGACCUGAACCUAAAAAUUGCUAUCCUAAGAUUAUCCAUCAAUCUUUGUGAAGCGCUUCCUGAUUUUGAAGGCGUCCUCCAAUAUACGGUUGAACUUCUGCAGACUAUCCGAGGACACCUAAUGCUUCCUGAGGUAGCUCGCUCGCCACCUGUUCUUACUCCGGACGAACAGUUGAGACUUCUCAACAAUAUAAAGCGAACUGUGGGUGCUGCACAUACACUAGGCGCCGAUCAUCUCGAAUCGGAGUACUGGGACGACUUUCUCGUUCGGGGAAUCACCCUACUAGAUGUCCCAGAAUUCAAAAAGCCAUUCCGCCGGUCACGAAGGGAUUUGCAUGUUGCGACUGCCUCGAAAGAGAAAUCAACCAAAGACCCCUUCUUGUACAAUCCAUUUGCAAAGUUGGAUAACAAGGCCUCUGAUCCCUUGAUGGUUGCCAAAGAAUCAGCAACAUUCAAAGUUACUCUUCAAAAUCCUUAUGAGUUUGACCUUGAGAUCGAAAGCUUGCGCUUGCAUAGCGAUAAUGGCCCUUUGAAUGCUCAGGUAUCGAAUAUUUUGAUCCCUCCUCUAUCUUUAUUUGAUGUCCUUGUUUCUGGCGUGGCCGACGAAGAGGGUACACUCAGUGUCACUGGCUGUAAUGUGAAAGUCAGGAAUUGUCGAUCUCGGAUGUUUCCGAUAUUCACGAAACUAUGGCGACCUACUCGCGAAGCAAAACUAAAACGUACCGGCUUGGCAGCUAAACAACCUCCUACAGAACGACCUCAAUCAUGGAGCUCCACCAUUUCCAGAGACGGGAAAGUCUUGGCUAAGCUGGGACCAGAAACUCAUACCUGUGCAGUCAAAGUCAUUUCCCAGCAGCCCUCAGUCGUCGUACAUUCUACAUCAUUAUCCCAGUCGGCGAUGAUGCUCUUAGAAGGCGAGUACAGAUCUUUUGACAUAACAUUGCACAACGUUUCAUCAUGUGCCGCCGAUUUCAUCCUUUUCACGUUCCAAGAUUCCACCACUCGUCAGCUACAGAGUGCCUUGAGCAAUAAAGAUCUCCUUCCAGCCGAGAUCUAUGAGCUUGACCUUCAGUUAUCCUCAAAACCCUCGUUACAAUGGAUACGACAUGGGAAAAAUCCCAAUGAUGUCACUAUUGAGGCGGGACAAAUGGCAACUUUUACAGUUGAAAUUUUUGGAAAACCCGGCUUACAAGAUGCUAUCGUCAAGAUUGACUACUGUCGUCUAGGAAGUGCCACGAACGAAAUACCUGAAACAUUUUACACCCGGCAACUAUGCAUUCCAGUGACGGUGACAGUGAACGCAAGUGUUGAAAUCUCACGUUGUGAUAUUGUCCCUAUUCCAGGUGAUAUUGCUUUCUUCAAUCAGCAGAUAGAAGAAACUGCGUCAUCGCCAACUGUUGAUAAAUCGUUUUCCUCGCCAUUACUAGAAAACUACGCUUCUCAGAUCACCACUACUCUUUCUCGCUUAGGGACAGAUUCAUACGGAUCAGAUCACUGUCUUGGAGUUCUCGACCUUCGUAAUGCAUGGCCGAGCCCCCUUUCUGUUUCUUUCGAUGUUUUCCAAAAACCGCAUUCGGGAUUAGAAAAUCCAGAGGAUGCAUCUGCCACUGUCACCGGAAUUCUUCAGCCAGGACAAGUUUCCCGCUUCCUUCUGGUCCUUCCACGAAUUUUCCUAGACAAUCCUCACGCAGCUAUUCCCACCCUGCACUCUACUGUACGAAGGCAAUUCGUCGUCAGUGCAAACAAACUUACUUUUGAAGCCGAAGGAGCGACUAGAGAAGCAUUUUGGUUCCGCGAGGAAUUUCUGAAACGUGUCUUCGGGUCUUGGAAGGAAGAAACGACUGGUCGAGGAGGCAAGAUCGACCUGCGCAGCAUGAGAUUUAAUCCACGAAUGGUAGAUUCAAUGCGCCUUGAAGACUUACAGAUAACCUUUUCUUUGACUUCAUCAAACGCGGAUUCUUCCGUUAGCCAGGUGAAACCCUCAAAGUUUGUUGCUCAAACAAAUGACUUUCUCAGUCUCACCGUUGAGAUUCACAAUCGAUCUUCCCGGCCAAUACACCCUUUGCUCCGGAUACAGCCAGGACUUCAUAAUCAGCCGGGCACCAUUGCACUAGAUCUAUCAAAACGGCUUGCCUGGACGGGCAUGUUGCAACGAGCUCUCCCUGUAUUACCCGGUGGUGAAAAGGUGUCUGCAACCUUGGGUGUUACGGCGCUGUGUCGUGGGGAAUACGACUUUGGAGCUAGCGUUGAAGAAAUACGACUCAUGAAAUCAGUGCCCGCACGUGCUAGCGCUGCCCAUCCAGAAAGGCCGAACGAUGUUGACGAUUUGAUUAUACCUGACACAUUCGGUGCAGAUACCAUCAGGAAAAGACAAAUAUGGCAUGCAAGAGAACAGUGUAUCCUUGCUGCGCAUGAUUGA